AUUUUUUAUUGCAGACAUCAAAGAUUUAAAAUGCUAAAACUUUUUCAGUAACAAAAACUUUCCGCAGCUUAAAAAUUAACAAUCUUUUUAAAAGUCCGUAAAAUCAGAAAGUUGUGGUCCACAUCCAACCGUUCGGGAUGACACAUUUCCAUGUGAGUAGUUUACGCCUGUCAAGAACCAGAAACACCAAAUUAACCCCAACUCUGACAUCUGGCCUAUCAGAAUCCACAUCAGCUGAGUCACGUGGAAACGUCAAACGUCUGAUUGGUAGGCGGAAAGAUGAAAUGAGAACUCGUGGCACUUGAGCAAAGCAGAAACAAGCCCCGUGCGUAAAACCAAGCGCUUGACCUGCCGUUGCGCAGCAUCUGGUUCACCUUCUGCUCGCUGAAAACAUUUUUCCAUCAAGAAAACGCAACAAAAUAAUCAGCAGCGGGGAGAGCGCAAAGUUGACUGUUUGCAUGGCACCGCUGUCGUGCGUAAUGAAUCCUGCGCAGGGAUCCCCGGCCUCGGCUGCUCCUGGAGAGGACAGAGACUCUGCUGAAGUUGGAGCUAACCAGCUGGACAUGUCAUCUGCUAGAAGAUGUAAAAGCCAAACGUUGGAUCUGCCUUUCAGCGUGGAAUUCAUCAUAUCGGACAGACAUCCACAGAAGAGGAGCAUCCACUCCCCAGAGCCCGGCUCAAGCUGCGACGGGACGGAGGAGAGCGAGAGUGCGUCACCGAGGGGAGUUACUGGAUCUCAGGUGGAGGCGGUGGACCUUAGUGAUGAGACCAGACCCUCGCUUCAGGAUGCGUCACAUUCAAGACUCCCCAGUCCCACUCCGUGCAACCUGCGGAAACACAAGAACAACAGGAAACCCAGAACACCCUUCACCACCUCCCAGCUGCUUUCCCUGGAGAGAAAGUUCCGUCAGAAACAGUACCUCUCCAUCGCGGAGCGAGCCGAGUUCUCCACCUCCCUGAACCUCACAGAGACCCAGGUCAAGAUCUGGUUCCAGAACCGCAGAGCCAAGGCCAAAAGACUGCAGGAGGCCGAGCUGGAGAAGAUCAAACUGGCCUCUAAGCCGCUGCUCCCGUCCUUUGCCUUGCCUUUCCCGCUGAGCGCACCCAUGAGCGCACCGACUCUUUAUGGAGCUCUGAAUGGACCACGGCUGGCCUUACCGGGACUCUACAGACCUUAUGGGAUGUACUAUUUAUCUUAACUCUCUUACUAUGAACUGCAUCGAUGAAGCAGUCGAAACGCACUGUUACGUGUUUAUUUUAUUAACAGAUUGGAAACAAAAUGCCCCUUUGAACAUAUUCUUACAUUUUUGUUUUACAAUUCAUGUUUUUUCUAUAAGGCUUAAUAUGUGAUCAUAUUUGUACACAGAGAGCAAUCAGAAUUAUUUUAAUACAUUCGUUUGAGAAAAAUAAGCAAGAAACACACGUUUUCCAAUAAUAUUUUCAUAAAAUUUACUCCAGAGUUUAAUUUUUAUUUAGAUAUAUUCUGCAGUCGAUUAAGUAAAAGUAUUUUUUAUUAAAGACACAAAUAUUUCCGUCACAAUUUUCAAAAGUUGCACGUUUUCUGUUUCAACUGCGGUUUCCAUAAGUUUUAAUUUUUGUUUUAUGACUAUUUAAACAAGUGAAGUGAUUCACAAAAUCAUGGAAAACAACAAGCUCUUGUUUUGUGUGACUGAUUUUUAUUUAUUUAUUUAGCUUCUUCGGAUUUAAAGGGACCUCAAAUAAAAAAAAACAAGAAUUAUCUUUGAAAAUAAAAAAAACUAAAUAAGUAUUGCAUUAAUUGAAUUUUAACAUAAUAAAAUGCCACGUUGAAAGUAGACAAUUAAGGGAUGCAUGACAAAUAACAUAAAAAUAAUAUAAAUAACUUCACCUUAUUCAUCUGUGCUUUGAUCCUCUAAUUGCCCUAAACGUUUUCCUUAAAAAAUAAAGAGUUUUGGACUUUAGUUGGACACAAUCUACAAUCUGACUAAAUGUUUAAGAUUAAUAAAAGGAUUUAUUUGAUGCUGCCCUUUAAGGGGAGCAUUUAGACUAUUAAAAAAGUUCUGUAGUUGUUAUCGAUGUAAACAAUUCUUCAUAUUUUGUUAAUAAAUCUCUACAUUUCAGAAACAAUAAUCCACCAGAAAUCUAUUCUACUGUUAAACGUUUUAACAGUAUAGUUAUUAAAGCAGUUUUGAAACAAAAAGUAAAUUUCUAUUUUUGUUUUAUAUUUUUAUUGCUUAAAAUGGUUAAACUGACAAGAAUCUUUUAAAUAAUGUGAAGUUUAUAAUUCAAGACUGAAAAAAUAUUAGCAAAUUUCUCCUUGCCUGGACUUCAAACAUUCCUAACCAUAAAUUCCAAUGAAUGGCUACUUGACAAAAACUUUUUUGCAAAGUAAAUGUAAUCAUUAUUUUUAUCAAUGCACAGUGUGAGAGCAUAAAGCUCUGUCUCAGAGUUUUCUCCUGUCUCUGCGUUCUUGAAACCACAGACUGAGCUGUUACUUAAGCACACCAUGAAAACAACCCCAACUCAACUGCCCAAAUGUCUGAACACAUAUUUCAAUUACAAAUUAAUCUAUGUGAGAAGAUUAAUCAAUUUUUAGACAUGUUCAUGAGAAAAUAUUUACUGUAAGAAACCAGGACUCUGGUGUUUUCAACCAAACAUCUCAGCCAACAUUUAUUCUUAAAGAGCAAGUCACCCCCAAAUUAACUUAUUUUCUCUAAUAAACUAUGUAAAUGAGUGUCUAAUCAUGCUGUAGACAUGUGUAGUCAAUAAUUUGGCACUUUAGUGCAUCUUAGUUCAAAUUUAAAUAUUCUCCAUAAAACUGUCAGUGUUGUGCUGUGGUCACUGCAUUUGAUUUUAAAUCUGCCAUCGCUAUUGGCUGAGAGGUACACAAUGACGUUAGCCGGUACAUUAUGGCGUCACAAUGUCGUUGUGAGCCUGUUUGUGUGUAUUUGUUAGUGACUUCGCCCUCUCGUUUUGCAGGCAUCAGCAUUUGGUGCAUUUUUCAACCGGGAAGUGGGAGUGGAGUAAGACUCUGGUGAGGGAUGGCUUGCUCUUUAAAGUCUUAAAAUCUGAACGUAUCUGGUUUUAUUUGUGUUUUUAUCCUGAGCUGUAGCAGCAUCUGACAGCAUAAUCUCACACACACACACCUGGUCUCACAGACAUCACCUACCUGAUCAUGUGUCCUACUGCUGUUUCUUUGCAUCUCUGAUUGUAUAAAAAGAAACACAGCAUUUUACAAUCAAGUUUCUUACAGGUUUUAUACCGAUUUAAAUAAAGCACACUUGACAGAUAUUAUAACGGAAACACAAAAGUAUGCAACAUUCGAUAAAACAGAAAGGCUCUUUGGCGCCACCUGGUGGAUAAACUUUGAAAUCCUAAAUGUUUAUGGGUCCUUAGAAAACAUUACCAAAAAUCAUAUAUAGAAUAGAAAAAAUUAAUUUAAUCCUGUAAAAUAAAAAACUUGGCCAAAAAUGUACAAAGCAAGACACCAUUUACUAGAAAUAUUAAAACACUUGCUCUGGGGGGAAGAAAAAAGAAAGUGUGGUUACAAAAUCAGGGGACAGCUCAAUUUUAGCAAACGUAAAGCAAAUACACCAACCAGCAAAAAGCCCAUAGAGAUCUGUGGAGUGAGUUUGUGGAACAGCAUGGACGAGAUCUUGAAAUGCAUAUAAUUCAAUCUUAAAAUGGCAUUAAAAUGGUCAAAUGAAAAAAUCCAACAUUAAUGGGUGUAACAGAGUUUUGAGCGAUAGAGCACUGCUGCGUAGCUGUACUGUCCUCUGAGCUUCAUUUGGUGCAUGGGAUGGGUAAUUGUGACAUGGAGAACAAUUUAAUUGUAUACCUAUUUAAGUACUGAAUGUCCAGGAAUAAAUAAGCAUCAGAUUUUUUGUUCUCCUUCUCAAA